CUGUUCCUUGUUCAUUCCCUCUUUUCAUCAUCCAUAAUUUAACUAGUAUAAACUACCUAUAGAAAUUUAGCUAUAUUUAAUGUUGAAAGGGUGCUGAUUGAAGCAGUAAAAUAAGCCAUUCUCUAGGUGAUUGUUUAUUCCAUCACUUCAUCUUUUCUUGAAGCUUUCUUCCUUAGAAUAUUUGGCGAUAGACUCUAUCCAAAGUUCCUUUAUGUUUUGUUCCAUUCUUGUAUAAAUAUAUUUAAGAAUGUGAUGAAAGUUGGUGACGAUGAUGAUGGUUGGUGGCCACCGUGUGUCGAUAUUUUAUUUUUAUGUUUUGGGACUUAAUCCCAUUCUAACCGUUGAAAAAUGAAUGCAAAAGUCAUUGACUAAGUAAAAUGUAUUAGUUAACCUUAGCCAUCUCGAGGCCGCGUUUGGUCUACCAUCGUUUGUUGAUUCAGUUUUGUCAUCUAUGAAGCCUUUGCUUUCUCAUUAAACCAUGAUUGCUAUAGAUUGAUCCUCUUUGGUUAUUGGUCAUCAUUGCUUCCACCCAAAAGUUUCAUUAUUCCAUUUCUGAUCCAACACAGGAGAAACAUAGUAAUGGACCAACGACAUAAAGUGAUUCUUCUUCAGCUGCUUCUUUUCCAAGUUCUGCUUGUUGCAUCACAGACAGACAGUCGAGAUUAUUCUGCACUAAAUUCCCUUACACAAUCCUGGAGUAACAAGCCACAAAGUUGGGUGGGUCAAGAUCCUUGCAGUAGCUGGGAUGGAAUUCGUUGCAGCAAUACAAGAAUUACCCAAUUGAGAGUUCCAGGCUUGAAUAUUGGUGGCCAACUGUCUUCGGCAAUUGAAUCUUUAUCUGAACUAGAUACUCUGGAUCUUUCUUACAACACGGGUUUGACGGGAACAAUUCCAGAAGAAAUUGGGAAUAUGAAAAAGCUAAAAUCCCUAUCAUUGGUUGGUUGUGGUUUCUCUGGUCCGAUUCCGGAUUCAAUAGGAUCUUUAACGCAGCUGACCUUUCUGGCAUUGAACUCUAACAGGUUCAGUGGAAAUAUACCACGCUCUCUAGGCAAUCUAACAAAUAUCAAUUGGCUUGAUCUUGCUGAAAACGAGCUUGAAGGGACUAUCCCUGUCUCUGAUGACCAAGGACGCCCAGGCCUUGACCUGCUCCUUAAGGCACAACACUUUCAUAUGGGGAGCAAUAAGCUAUCUGGUACAAUACCAGAAAAACUUUUCAACUCCAGUAUGAUUCUGGAACACGUGCUUUUUGACCACAAUCAACUAGAGGGCAGUGUUCCUAGUUCCAUUAGUUCUGUGGGGACAUUGGAAGUUCUGCGCUUAGACAAGAAUGGAUUAACGGGGGGCGUGCCGGCAAACUUAAACAGACUCGGAAAACUAAGCGAAAUCUAUUUAUCUCACAAUAAGCUAAAUGGAAGUCUGCCUGAUUUUACUGGAAUGAAUAGUCUCACCUACGUGGACAUGAGCGACAAUGCUUUCAAUGCCUCUAAUGUACCUUCAUGGGUUUCAAGUCUGCCAGAACUGACAACAGUGAUACUUGGGCAGAACCAGGUCGGUGGCAUACUAAAUCUCAGUAGCUACAGCGAAAGUCUGCAACUCAUAAAUUUGGAGAGUAAUGAAAUAACAGAGAUUGAACCGCAAAACAAUCUACCAAGUUUUGAAAUAAGACUAGCUAACAACCCAGUUUGUCGUGAAAGUGGAUCUUCUGAAAAUAGUUACUGCAAAGAAGCAGUACCAAAUCCCUCAUUUUACUCAACACCAUCAAAUAAUUGUUCUCCUCCACCUUGCAGUUCUGAUCAGAUUGCCAGCCCAAAUUGUAUAUGUGCAUAUCCCUAUACUGGACUUCUUAUAUCGAGAGCUCUUAGUUUCUCAAACUUCAGUGACGCAAGUUACUAUAGGGAGCUUGAGCAGUCUCUGAUGGACACUUUCCGAAACCAAAGCAUUCCAGUGGAUUCAGUUGCUCUUAGUAACCCCAUGAGAAAUUCUACUUCUGAUAACUUUGAAGUGACUCUUCAAUGCUUCCCCUCGCAAAGCGAUCGUUUCAAUUCAACUGGAGUUUUAAACAUUGCUUUUCUGCUUAGUAACCAAAUUUAUAAGCCCCCAGAGUUCUUCUCCCCUUACAUCUUCAAGGGUGCUAAUUAUGAUUACACAGGAGGAGAACCAAAAUCAUCAAAGUCAUCACAUACCGGGGUUAUAGUUGGUGCUGUUGUUGCUGUUGUGGUCUUUAUUGUACUGGCAUCCCUUGCAGGGAUGUAUGCCAUUCGCCAGAAAAGAAGAGCAGAAAGAUCUGCAGGGUUGAACCCUUUUGCUAAUUGGGAACAGAAUAAGAAUAGUGGCACAGCUCCUCAGUUGAAAGGAGGACGAUGGUUUGCUUUUGAUGACCUAAGGAAGUACACCAACAACUUCUCAGAAACCAAUACUAUUGGAUCUGGAGGCUAUGGACAGGUUUACCAAGGAACUCUUCCCUCUGGAGAGUUGGUUGCUAUCAAACGGGCUGCAAAAGAAUCUAUGCAGGGUGCUGUUGAGUUUAAAACCGAGAUUGAACUUCUAUCAAGGGUCCAUCACAAGAAUCUCGUUAGUCUUGUGGGUUUCUGUUUUGAGAAGGGCGAACAAAUGCUGGUGUAUGAGUACAUUCCCAAUGGCACUUUAAUGGAUAGUCUCUCAGGAAAGUCUGGGAUCUGGAUGGAUUGGAUAAGGAGACUUAAAGUAGCAUUAGGCGCAGCCAGGGGUCUGGCUUAUCUUCAUGAACUUGCUAACCCACCAAUCAUACACAGGGACAUCAAAUCUAGCAAUAUCUUACUUGAUCAUCACCUCAAUGCAAAAGUUGCUGAUUUUGGUCUCUCCAAACUUCUUGUUGAUAGUGAAAGGGGCCAUGUUACUACUCAAGUCAAAGGGACAAUGGGAUACUUGGAUCCUGAAUAUUACAUGACCCAGCAGUUGACAGAAAAGAGUGAUGUAUAUAGCUAUGGAGUGCUAAUGCUGGAACUAGCAACAGCAAGAAGGCCAAUAGAGCAAGGAAAGUAUAUUGUAAGAGAAGUAAUGAGGGUAAUGGACACGACAAAAGAUUUAUACAACCUUCAUUCCAUUCUAGAUCCAACCAUAAUGAAAACAAAACCAAAAGGUUUAGAAAAGUUUGUGAUGUUGGCAAUGAGGUGUGUGAAAGAAUAUGCAGCUGAGAGGCCUACAAUGGCUGAGGUUGUAAAAGAGAUUGAGAGCAUAAUCGAGCUUGUUGGAUUGAACCCGAAUUCUGAAUCAGCUACAACAUCAGAAACUUACGAGGAAGCAGGUGGAGGAAAUGCCCAACAUCCUUACAGGGAAGAAGAUUUUAGCUAUAGUGGAAUGUUUCCAUCAACAAGAGUAGAACCUCAAUAGGCUUCGGUAUAUUUUUCUUUUGUAAUUUUGUCCUCUCUUCAGAUCCAUUGCCUGAGAUUGCUGGUGCCAAUUUUGGAUUCGAAUGAAGGUUCAAGUUGAAUUUUUAAAUUGAUUCUUGGAAGCUUGUAUUUAUAUCUUUCUUCUUGUCAUGUAAUAUAGUUUGUGAAUUGUGAAUUGCAGUAAUAUUUGAAUGAAUGUGUAAGUAUUGAAGUAUAAUAUUCAACGUUGAACGUUCAACAACAGCACACAUCUGUUUUUCUUUCCCUUUUUCAGCAAUUUCAUGAUUGUGAACAACUCAAAUUUAUGCAGUAA